CUUUCUUCUCCACAUUUUUUUUUCUUUUCUUUUCUUACACCAUGAACCGAUUGAUUUCCAAUACUCUUCAAAAGUCUCGUAGCACCACUGGUGUUUUGAACCGUCUUUAUUCUACUCACAAAGAAAUCAAGUUUGGUGUUGAAGGUCGCGCUGCUUUACUUCGUGGUGUUGACAUUCUUGCCAAGUCUGUUGCUGUCACUUUGGGUCCUAAAGGUCGUAAUGUUUUGAUUGACCAACCUUAUGGUUCUCCUAAGAUUACAAAGGAUGGUGUUACUGUUGCCAAGUCUAUUACUUUGGAAGAUAAGUUUGAAAACUUGGGUGCUAGACUCGUUCAAGAUGUCGCCAACAAGACAAAUGAAGUUGCUGGUGAUGGUACUACUACUGCUACUGUUUUGGCUCGCGCUAUUUUCACUGAAGGUGUCAAGAAUGUAGCUGCUGGUUGUAAUCCUAUGGAUCUCCGUCGUGGUGUUACCAUGGCUGUUGAUGCUGUUGUUGAUUAUUUGAAGGCAAAUACCAAGGUUAUCACCACUUCUGCUGAAAUUGCUCAAGUAGCCACUAUCUCUGCUAAUGGUGAUAAGCAUGUUGGUGCUAUGCUCGCUCAAGCUAUGGAACGCGUUGGAAAGGAAGGUGUCAUUACUAUCAAGGCUGGCAAGACUAUUGAAGAUGAAUUGGAAGUCACUGAAGGUAUGAGAUUUGAUCGUGGUUUUACUUCUCCUUACUUUAUCACUGAUACCAAGACUCAAAAGGUCGAAUUCGAAAAACCUUUGAUCUUGUUGUCUGAAAAGAAGAUCUCUCUCUUGUCUGAUGUCUUACCUGCUAUGGAAGCUGCUGCUACUCAACGUCGUCCUCUCUUGGUCAUUGCUGAAGAUGUUGAUGGAGAAGCUCUUGCUGCUUGUAUCUUGAAUAAGCUCCGUGGUCAAUUGCAAGUUGCCUGUGUCAAGGCUCCUGGUUUUGGUGAUAAUCGCAAAUCUAUCUUGGGUGAUAUCGGUAUCUUGACUAACAGUGUCGUCUUCAAUGAUGAAUUGGAUGUUAAAUUGGAAAAGGCCACUCCUGAUUUGUUCGGUACCACUGGUUCCGUUACUAUCACCAAAGAAGAUACUAUUAUUUUGAAUGGUGCUGGUUCUAAGGAUGCUAUUACUCAACGUUGUGAACAAAUCCGUGGUGCUAUGGCUGAUGUUGGUACUUCUGAAUAUGAAAAAGAAAAGUUACAAGAACGAUUGGCCAAGUUGUCUGGUGGUGUUGCUGUGAUCAAGGUUGGUGGUGUCUCUGAAGUCGAAGUUGGUGAAAAGAAGGAUCGUUUCGAUGAUGCUUUGUGUGCUACUCGUGCCGCUGCUUCCGAAGGUGUCUUGCCUGGUGGUGGUAGCAGUUUGAUCAAGGCUGCCAAGUCUCUUGAUUCUUUGAAGGGUGCCAACUUUGAUCAACAACUUGGUAUCAACAUCAUCCGUCAAGCUAUUCAACGUCCUUGCCGUACCAUUGUUGACAAUGCUGGUGGUGAAGGUUCUGUCGUGGCUGGCAAGUUGAUGGAUGAAUUCCAUGACAAACCUAACUGGGGUUACGAUGCUUCUACUAAUGAAUAUGCUGAUAUGAUUGAACGUGGUAUUAUUGAUCCUACCAAGGUUGUUCGUACUGCUCUUGUGGAUGCUGCCGGUGUUGCAAGCUUGCUUACUACUGCUGAAUGUAUGAUUUGUGAUGGUCCUGCUCCUCCUGCUCCUGCUAUGCCAAUGGGUGGUAUGGGUGGUAUGGGCGGUAUGGGUGGUAUGAUGUAAAGAAAGAAAGAAAAAAAAACGAAACCAAAAGGGAAUCUCUGUGACGUAAGUAGAAAAAAAAAAGAAAAAGUAAUAGACUGGUAAAAUGCGUUGAUGAUUAACAGCCUCCUUUCUUCCUUUCUUUUUUAUAUAUAUAUAUAUAUAUAAUUAGAAUACGAAAGGCCAAUUAGACGAUCAGAUCAAACAUUUUUAGUUAGUUUUAUUACUGUUAUUACACUCCAUUUUUAUUAUUGUUAUUAUUAUUAUUAUACAAACAUGUCUAUUUUCACAACAUUAUAAAAAUAAAGAUUCAUUCAUUUUAGUUCCC